AUGUGUGUAGAAGGUGCGAAAAAGAAGCAGCAGGAAACAUACAGUAGUCGGUGCAUUGAGGUCCUGUGCUCAGGUUUCGCCAAGUUUCUGCACCUAUCACCGGCCAAACAACUAUAUUUGAUACAACGGGGUCAAACAACAGUGACGCGUAGUCGAAGAAAAUCCAGGCAUGAGGUGCAGAAGAGUUGGUGUCAGAGCUGCGUCACAUUCCGCCAUUUCCAGACUCCAGUGGAUGCGGUGACUCUCAUACCUCAGUUCUUCCACGGCGUAUUUUAUGGCAAAAUCGACAUGCGGGAUCUUUCGGAUCCUAACGGGCAAGAAGAAUUCUGCGUGGUAGCCUGCGUGGCUGCGUGGCUGCGUGAAUCAGCUGGAUUGUCAAUGCCUCUUUGGUGGGAUAUCGAAACACUUCAAAAUAUGGUCAAUAUCAUGAAAAUUUCGAACUGGAUUGCGAAGUUUAAGAACAUCAAAAGUAUUGUAGCUGAAUAUAAAAAGGCCUUAGAGGUGGUCUGCUAA